AUGAAUGAUACUUUGCCCGUGGGUUCGCCUACUAUCCCUGCUGCCUCGCCUACUCUCUCUGAAAGUUCCCAUGGAAGCAGCCUUAUGUCCAUUUCUUCGGGCUCAUCUUUUGUCCCUGCUCCUCUUGCUCCAGUCUCCUCUCCUGUUGCUCCAGUCCCUUCUCCAAUUACUCCAGUUCCUUCCCCUGUUCCCUCUCAAUUCUUCACUGGAAGUGGUCCUAUGUCCAUUUCCUCUGGUUCAUCUUUUGUCCCAGCCCCUGCUGUUCCAUCUGAUAUCUCUGCUCCCAAUCUUCCUUUAUCUGACGACUACUAUUUCAUCUGUCAUCUUCUGGCGACUCAUCCUCGCACUCUUGCUCACGCUGAAUCCGCUGCUCGAGUUGCCAGUCAAUCUGCUACUGUUCACCCCCCUCGCACUGUCACUCCCCCUUUGCAGAAGAACCCCAAUCCUGUCACUCCAGACAACGGACCAUUUAACUGGAACAACGUCAUGUCUGAAGACUCUCCGGACAUGGAGCCCAGCCAGCCCCUUCUCUGGCAGGAUACUCCCCCAAGAAACCCCCCAAUGUCCGCCACUGAUCCAAUCUUCCAUGGAAGGAUUUUUGAGACUGCGGAAGAUCGCAUCCAAGCAUCUGAAGACCUGCUGCUAGCUGAAAUGGCCAAGAACCACAAUGAUCCACCCCAUCAUUUCACCAACGACGAUGAGAUGAGCUACUUCAGCAUUGCCGAUCUCGAUGCUCAGUUCCACGGGAUGGAAACCGGCGAGAAGCUUGCCCCGAAGCACAAGCCCAACACCCCCAUCGAGCGUUCCGCAAAGCGUGUCAAGAACAAUAACACCUUGAGCGCCAUGACUGAGUCCGCCUCUACUGCUGCCUUUUCUUCCAACACCAAGCAAACCGAUGUCAUCCCGGCUAUGCCCGAGCCUGCUACCACGGAGUCUACCCCCAAGCCAAGCCGCCGCCGCCGCAAGACUCGUAAGAGCUUCACCCCAGAGGUGACCCGCACCCUACGCAGCAGCACAACCAAGAAGACCGAGGAGUCCGUCGCCAAGCAGACGCCCAAGUCAGAGACUGCCACCACCGCUGACGCCGAGGUUCCUUCCCCCUCCCCCAACAAGAGCCUCCCAGAGUCCUGGGCCACAGCCCUGGACGAGGACAAACUGGUCUCGAUGAUGAAAGACCAGGGGUACACCUGGGUGGACAUCACGGAGAUGUGGGCGGCGAACUCGACGCUGGCCUACUCGCAGGCCUCGCUGAAGAAGCGCUGGGGCAAUAUGAAGAAGAAGCUGGGUCGGUGGACCGGAUUUGACGAGGCUCUGGUGGCUGUGGUGGAGAUCGUUCGGAGUGAUCUGAACGAGAUCCUCACUGAUGAAUCGUGGGAGCAGAUUGCCGCGACCAUUUCGGUCGAAUUGAACUUGGCCGUUACUGGGGAGUUCUGCAAGGGCCGAUUUGUGGCCAUCGAGGACGAGAAGCUGACCUGUCAGGGUUAG